AUGAGAUUCAGUUUCACCUUCCUUAACAAUCUUACACAUAAGCAUAUAAACUCUCUCCACUCUUUCUUCUUUGUCCUGUAACGCCUCCUCUUUCUCCUCCUAAAUUUCUCUCUUUUUCCCCCAAAUUCCCAUUUCAUUGAUCCAAAAAGAAUUGUGGGUGUUUCUUGAUUUUGCUUGAUUUUGAGUUGUUGAGUUGAAAAAAUGGGAAAAGGUGGAAACUUGAGUGAAGGGGUUGUGAAAAAAAUCUUGCUUUCAUACACUUAUGUUGCAAUUUGGAUCUUCCUUUCUUUUACUGUGAUUGUGUACAACAAGUAUAUCUUGGAUCGUAAGUUGUACAAUUGGCCUUACCCAAUUUCACUAACAAUUAUUCAUAUGGCUUUUUGUUCUUCAUUGGCUUAUCUUCUUGUUCGUGUGUUUAAAGUUGUUGAGCCUGUGACAAUGACAAUGGAUCUUUAUUGCAAAUCUGUGGUACCCAUUGGUUUGCUUUAUGCAUUUUCACUAUGGUUAUCGAAUUCUGCUUAUAUAUAUCUGUCUGUCUCUUUUAUUCAAAUGCUUAAAGCUUUGAUGCCUGUUGCUGUGUAUUCAAUUGGGGUUAUGCUUAAGAAAGAUACAUUUAAAUCUGAUACAAUGGGGAAUAUGGUGUCGAUUUCGAUUGGGGUUGCUAUUGCUGCUUAUGGAGAAGCUAAAUUUGAUACAUGGGGUGUUAUGUUACAGUUAGGUGCUGUAGCUUUUGAGGCUACAAGAUUGGUUAUGAUUCAGAUACUGUUGACAUCAAAGGGUAUUACGUUUAAUCCGAUUACUUCGUUGUAUUACGUUGCGCCUUGCUGUUUGGUUUUUUUGUUCAUUCCAUGGAUUUUUGUGGAAUAUCCAUUGUUGAAGGAUACAUCUAGUUUCCAUUUUGAUUGGGUGAUCUUUGGUACUAAUUCGUUCUGCGCGUUUGCUCUGAAUCUUGCUGUGUUUUUGCUUGUGGGGAAGACAUCUGCUUUGACUAUGAAUGUUGCUGGUGUGGUUAAGGAUUGGUUGUUGAUUGCCUUUUCGUGGUCCGUGAUUAAGGACACUGUCACUCCUGUGAAUUUGGUUGGAUAUGGAUUGGCUUUCUUAGGUGUGGCGUAUUACAACCACGCCAAAUUGCAGGCUCUUAAGGCGAAUGAAGCACAGAAGAAGGCUUCACAGGCUGCUGAUGAGGAGGCUGGAAGAUUGUUGGAGGAAAGAGAAGGGGAGAAUGGUGCUAAGAAGAAUGAGUCUCAGGGUUGAGUUUACUUCGUAUUAUCCUUAGGUAGGAUGACAUUGAGAGGUGAAACCUGAAGAUCAGACUAUAACGUCCUUGUGUGGAUGAUUUAGGUUCUGUUUUUUAGGUAUAAACCGUUUACAUUAUCUGUUUUGAGGAUCUUAUAAUAGUUUUAUUGCUCGUAUUACCUUACCAGAUCGUGCGUGUACUUGAGCAUGACUCGAGGCAAUUUAUGUUUAUUUUGACAGAAUAGUAAUACUAGAAGAGCUUUUACCGAUGAAAGUAACUGAUGC